AUGCCAGGUUCGAUCCACGAUCAGGUCGAGAGACCUUCGAAAUACAAUCUGAGCCAAAGCACGGCCCCAGAUGGGAAAGGAGCCUUCUUGCAGGCAGCAUCCUCUCAGACACAGAGCCCUGUUGCAAAGGGGAGCGUCCAGUCGCACCCACUCAAUGUCAAACCGCCUCGAAUCAUGCAAUUACACUUCACACUUGUUUUGGUCCUCCCUCCCUUAAAACCAAACAUGAUUCUCCCUCGAUCCCCACUGCGUACCCAGGCCCGCACCCCGCGGAGCCAGAAGACGCCCCCCGGAGGGUCCCCCUGCCCGGCGGCGCCGCCACCGCCCGCACCGCGCUGCGGGGCUGCCGGCAGCUCCGCACCCGCUCCGCACCCGGCCCCGGCGGCGCCUCCCGCGCCUUGCCACCUCGCCCCGCGGGCACACGCGUGUGUGAGCGUGACUUUAUCGGGGGCUCACCAUGCGGUACCAAGUUCUUCAGCUCUCCACCAUCUUGACUUUUCUCCUGGUAGCUUCUCUUUGAAACCUGGGCAAGCCGGCUGGUCUACUGCAGCUCUCCCCAGGAAAAGGACUGAGCAUAAUGUUAUGAUCCCUUCUGAAUAUCUUGCUGCUGGCAUAACUGCAACAUGUACUGCUGAGCUGUGUUUUUGCUGUUGCGGUCCAACAAGCUGGAAGGAAAGCAACUCACUUGCAAAAGUUUCCUGUCACCAUUUAAAGUGUUCUUUCCUUUGGAAAGAUAGUAUUAAUGUAAAACGAUGCCUGAUUUCUUGUUUCUGACACUUGAUCAGCCCCAGAAGGUUUCUCUCCCCAGUGGCACAGCUGUUACAUUUCUCUGAAACCCCACUCCUUCAUUUUUGUUGUACUCCACAUGCCUAGAUCUCAAGCCACGUGGCAGAUCCAAUAUACUUUCAGCCUAGAAGAUUA